GGCGUCCACGGCCGUCGACUGUCGGACGAAGCGCGGAGCGCGUGCGCGUGGUGGCGCCACGUUCUCUUGCGCGCCGUCGUCGAGAAGCGCGCGCGUCGCCCGCCGGGGGCGCGGUCGGCGGCUCUCUUCGGCGACGCCCGGGGCAAGCCUCCGCGCAUCGCCGCGGUGCUUUUCAUCGACGGCAGCGCGUUCUUCUGCCGCGCGGCAGUCAGCCGCGAUCCGUCGCGCGCGUUUCAAGCGCGCAAGGAUCACCAGAUCUCCGGCCUGGAAAUGCUGUCCUUGGCCCUCGGCAUCGCGAGCUUUGCGCCGCUGCUAGAGGGGCGCAGGGCGCGCGCACAUCCUGGCAAUGCGUGCGCCGAGGGUGCCGUUCGCAAGGGCGGGGCUUCCGCGUUCGAUUACAACGGCGUGAUCCAUUGCAUCUGGGCCGCGGCUUUUCUCUUGCGCUUGAAUUUGCGCGCGCGCCGCGUCCCGAGCGCGCCCGACGUGGCGGAUUCGCCGAGUAGGGAAUGUUUCCAGCUCGUGGCAGCCCUGCGCGCGCGGGAAGUGCGGGCGGCCCUCGACCCGUCCUUCUUCGAUGCCAGCCCCUUGCGGGUCGCGGGCCGCGACAGCCGCUGCGGGCGCGCGCCAGCGCUAGCUCGCGUCGGGGUGGUUGUUCGCGCGCCCGGUCGCAACGAGGGCGCGCGCGCGCGACCGCGCCUGUUGCAGUUCGGCCCAGUCGGCGUCGCGCCGCAGAUGUCGCAAAGGGCGCAGUUCUUCGCAAUCGCGCGGUCGGCGGCACCAGGCGCCGCGCCGCAUCGCUUAACUGGCGCGUGUGAGUUGCUGUUGGCGGCCGGCGCGCAGCGCCUGGAGGACCUUCGCGACGUCGAAGACUCAGACGUGACGGGCCUCGACGCACUGUCGCCUCGGCAUCGGCGAGUGGCGACGCAGCGGAUAACGGCGGCGAGCCGCCCCGCCGCGUUCGCCCGCUCGCGCAGCCGCGGGCGCGACGCGGCCCCGCGCGCCGCGGCUGUCGAGGGCGGUUCGGCUUCCGGAGACUUCGCGCCCCCAGAAGUCACCCGGGCCGCGCCGGCAGCCGUUGCCGCGCGGGUGGCCCCGCAGUCCUGGUGCGCGCAAGCGCGCGCGAGCGCGGUGCUGGGUUCCAAUAUUCGGUCGCUCGGCGGCGCGCGCAGCGCUCAUCGCUUGCAUUUCAAAUUCGCAAAGGCCAGGGGCCUGGAGGGCGAAGAAUUCUUCGUGUCCAGGGCUGAGCUCGCCGCGUUCUCGGGGCUGGCCAGGUCCGAACACGCGUUCGCUAACUACGCGCGUCACCUGCGCACGGUUUCGUAUGCAUUCGGCUUCGCUGCCGAGGUGCUCGAGGCGCCGGUUGCGAAGCGCGUCGGGCGCGCGGUCGCGAAGCGCACUUCUUUCGCCCCGCGCCCAAAGACAUUCGCGCGGCGGGACUUCGUCGAGCGCGUGCUCGCCCUGGCCACGGAAGGCAGAGUGGGCCGUCGCCUCGCGCUGCUGUUCGCACUGGCGUGCAUAUUUCUGAUCCGCCUCCCGUCGGAGGCCCUCGUCAUUUCUGUCAGCAGUUCUGGCGCCUUUGACGCCGCUGCCCCGGCGUCGAUCGUCGUGGCCGAGACGGCUCUCGGCCUCUGGCUCGCGCGGCGCAAGAAUGAAGGGUGCCCCGUGACGUGGUGGCGCCGCUGCUGGUGCGCCUCGUCGCGUAUCUCGUGCCCUGCGCACGCCGCUGGGCCGCGCCUCGCCUCGGGCGCUCGGGGCCGCCCGCUGCUUGCUGGCGUCGCGAGCGCGGCGGCCGCCGAAGGUCUCCGCGACUCCCUCUUCGAGGCUGGCGUAGUCAACGCGAACGCGUGCGCCGCGCGCGAGGCGCCGCGGCCAUGCGCGGGACCUGUGGUUGGUGGCUCCACCGUCCGCGAAAUUAAGCGCGCCGGGGGCUGGAAGUCGUCGGCCAUCUUGCUAUUUGCCAUCCGAUGA